UUGUUUUAUACAUAUAUCACCGAAUCCACAAAGUCCGCAGUCCAAAGCAGUCGCUCCCACGAAUAAAGCAUUUCUGAUUUCGGAGCCAUCAUCCAAUUAAAUCUCCACCUCCAGUUUUCACCCCAACACAUAUAAUCUACCGCUGCUUCUCUUAUGGAGAGCUUGCAGAGAUCUGCCAUAUCGUUCCGGCGACAAGGCUCGUCGGGAUUCGUGUGGGACGACAAAUUCCUCGCCGGCGAGUUCAAUAAGCUCGCGAACGAGCGGAAAGAGAAGGAGGAGAGCAGCAGCGGCAGCAAGGAGAACAAGGAGAAUCCGGCGACUUCGGCGGUGAAUAAAUCGCCGCCGCCUCCGCAGCCCGCCGGAUUGGUCAUCGAUAGGAGCCGAUCCAACGGCGGGAGGGGAUUCCGUACCGGAAAGGUGUCGCCGGCGGUCGAGCCGCCUUCGCCUAGGGUUUCGGCGUUCGGAUGCUGCGGUGCGUUCGGGAAGGGCGAGAAGACGCGCCGCCGGCCGCCGAAGUCCGGUAAGCGCGUGAUGUGAGGAUUGGAAUUGUGAAUCGAUUAAAUUCCGAUGAUGUUGCUGUUAAAUCUGUUUCUCUCUUCUGCUUUUCCCCCCCUGGAUUUGAUCCGUUAAAUUUUAGGUUUUAGAGAUCGAUAGUUCCUUUUUCUUUUUCACUUCGAUUUUUCCUUUUUGACUUUUUCUGUAAUAUAUGUUUGUGGAUCGUAGAUAUCAGUGGAAAUUGUUGAUGCUUUAAA